ACCACCGCCACCGCCGCCGCGUGCUCCUGCUGCCUUCUCGCUUCAGCCGAGCCAGCCAGAGGAACGAGGGGGGGGGUGGCAGAGAGAGAGAGAGAGAGAGAGAGAGAGAGAGAGAGAGAGAGAGAGAGAGAGAGAGAGAGAGAGAGUCGGCGAAGCAAGCGGAGCGGGGACACGGAGCCUUUGCUCCGGAACCAGCGGAAACCUCCUCGGACAGCAGUCGGGCGCCUGCCCCAGCAGCUCGCGUGGUCUCCGGAGACGCCGCGGCCGCCACCGCCGCUCCAACCCGGCCUCUCGCGCCCCUUGCCGCCGGCUCGCCUGGGCGGCCGGGAUGCAGCCGGGGCAUGGCCGCCGGGGCCCCGUCACCUGCCGCGGGGAACGCUGAACCCGUUGAAAAGCUGCCUGUGAGAACCUAGUGCUCUUUCACGAUCCCACUCUGCGUGGGCACACACACACUCCAUACUGAGGAAGCCUCAUCAGUUCUUCCACGGGCCCCUGGCUACAGGAAAGUAGACGGCACCCCAACAGAUUGACAUCAGAAGGACCAGGGGGAAUUCUGCCGGCCUUCCCAGAGCUGGCCCACAGGCCUCCUUAGCGGGAACCUGUCCGAGGAGUGGCCAGUUCUGCAAACAGAGAGCCCAGAGCGCCUCCGGGAAAAUUGGCUGAAUAAAAGGGCAAUCAGGACGCCACGGCUCCACCUGAAGCGAUGGCCCAGCCCUACCCCCCUGCCCAGUACCCUCCUCCACCUCAGAAUGGAAUCCCAGCUGAAUAUGCCCCACCUCCGCCUCACCCCACCCAGGACUACUCCGGCCAGACCCCUGUUCCCCCCGAGCACGGCAUGACCCUCUACACACCCGCACAGACUCAUCCUGAGCAGCCAGGCACUGAGGCCAGCACACAGCCCAUUGCUGGGACCCAGACGGUGCCGGCAGAUGAAGCCGCACAGACAGACAGCCAGCAGCUCCACCCUUCCGACCCCACGGAGAAGCAGCAGCCCAAACGACUACAUGUCUCCAACAUCCCCUUCCGGUUCAGGGACCCCGACCUGCGGCAAAUGUUCGGGCAAUUCGGGAAAAUUUUAGACGUGGAGAUCAUUUUUAACGAGCGGGGCUCCAAGGGUUUUGGGUUUGUAACUUUUGAAACUAGCUCAGAUGCUGACCGAGCCCGGGAGAAGCUGAAUGGGACGAUCGUAGAGGGACGGAAAAUUGAGGUCAAUAAUGCCACAGCCCGGGUCAUGACCAAUAAGAAGCCUGGGAACCCAUAUGCCAAUGGCUGGAAGCUAAACCCUGUGGUAGGAACAGUCUAUGGGCCUGAAUUCUAUGCAGUGACCAGUUUCCCCUACCCCACCACGGGCACCGCCGUCGCCUACCGGGGUGCGCACCUGCGGGGCCGGGGCCGUGCUGUGUAUAAUACAUUUCGAGCUGCACCACCUCCGCCCCCCAUUCCAACUUACGGAGCGGCACUGGAGCAAACGCUUGUUAAAAUGCCAGUCCCGUGGGCGGGGCUGGCACCGUGCCCCCUCCCUCCUCAGCAGACACCGGAGCCGGCCUACCCCACCUCUCCAGCGUUCCCACCACUCUCUUGUCCGUUUGCUUCCAGGGUCGUGUAUCAGGAUGGAUUUUAUGGUGCUGAGAUUUAUGGAGGCUAUGCAGCUUACAGAUAUGCUCAGCCAGCAGCCGCCGCCGCAGCAGCCUACAGUGACAGUUAUGGUAGAGUCUAUGCCGCCGCUGAUCCUUACCAUCACGCCAUCGGCCCCACAGCAACCUACAGCAUUGGAACCAUGUGAAACCUUCCACCGCCUCCUUCUCGGACCAUGAAGGGCAAAAACAAAAAAACAAAAAAAAUCACAAAACAAAAAACAAAACAAAAAAAGAUGUUAAGAUCCAAGCAACAACAGCAACAACAACAAAUACCAACCAAACCAAGAGGCAUCCAACCAAGUCCAAGUCCACGUCUGGCCUUCACCCGCACCGAGGGAGCUCGUCCCCCAGGGGGCGCCGGAGAGUGGCUUUGCCUGGCUGGCGGUGUAGUGGGGACGCGGCCAGACACUGGGGAAGACCUGGAGGGGGAACGUGGCCAGUGGGUGUGGGGCGGGGGGCUCCGGUAUCUAUCCAGUCUUCCUUUCCCACCCUGCUCCCCAGACAGGGGGUUCCUAGGGUGGACCAGACCCCUGAGAAGGAGCGGCCAGCUGACUUGGGCUAUUGCCUGCUGAGCCCUGAAGGGGCUGGAGCAGUUAGGGGCCAGCGGCUUAUCACUCAUCCCAGGUCUGCAGCCUGGCCUCAUUGAAUGUUGCUGCCAGUGCCGUCAGCUAUCCAACCAGCCGCCCUGGGUUCCAACUCCCAAUGCAAAGGGCUGACACGGCUCCAGAACUCUGGGGCACCCCAUGCUCUGCUCCUCUAUGUGAGAAAGCUUCCAGCUACAAAGAACAAAGAAAGCCCAGCCAGCGAGGACCCAGUCCUCACGCUGUGAACGUGGACAGGUGGGCCCUCGGGCACAGGGUUGUUUGUCGUGGCAGCCUCCCUGAAGGAGGCUCCGUGGGCUUGAAGGCCAGCCUCAGCUGUCUGCUAGGACCCAGCCCUCCUUUCCACUCCCUUCUGUAGGCUCCAUUCUGCUGGGGAGUGGGGAUUGAGAAGGGCCAGUCCUGGGCUGCACCUCGAGGUUGGGAGUCAAGGUGCUGUGGGUCUGGAGGACCACAGUCAGAGCAGGACCCAUGGGAAAGGCAAGGGAUGGGGAAGGUCUGGGCUGGCCCUGCCACGGGGAAGGCCGGCCGGGCUGCAGCCCGUUUGCUCCCUGGGCAGGUAAAGUGCGGGAGUCACGGGAAAGCAGCAGGCCCAGUGGAUGGAACAGGGAAGAGGUAUCAAGAAGCCCCUGGGCAAGGCAGGGAUAGGUGGAGUAGGGUUAACAGCAAAAAAGAAAAAAAAAAAAA